AUGGCCUCCUCCCUUGCCCCAAGACUACUCAGACCGACCACUCGCGUGGUGCGGACAACACCACAACUCCUCACCUCGACCGUCAGCAGAAUAACAAUACGAGCAGCGUCGACCUCCAAACACCCUUCCGGCUUCGAACCACCCACCGCAGACGACCUAUAUGAGCUUCGUGACCGAGUACAGGAGUUCACCCGGCGAGAAAUCCCCGAAGAAGUCGCUGCAAAGACCGACUCCUCCAAUAACUUCCCUCAUGAGAUGUGGCGCAAGCUGGGCGAGGCAGGUUUCCUCGGUCCCACGGCCGAUGAAGAGUACGGAGGAUUGGGCAUGGGCUACCAGGCACAUUGCAUUAUCAACGAGGAGAUCAGCAGGGCGUCUGGGUCGAUCGGGUUGUCCUACGCCGCACAUUCGCAACUCUGUGUGAACCAGCUGAGCUUGAACGGCAACAAGGAGCAAAAGGCUCGAGUCCUGCCCGAACUAAUCUCAGGCGAGAAGAUUGGGGCAUUGGCCAUGUCGGAACACUCGGCGGGAAGCGACGUCGUCAGCAUGAAGACCACAGCGAAAGCUGUCGACGGGGGCUACCUGCUCAACGGGACCAAGAUGUGGAUCACCAACGGGCCCGAAGCCGAUUAUAUUGUUGUAUACGCGAAGACCGAUCCAGAAAAGAAGAGCAGAGGGAUCACCGCGUUCAUUGUCGAAAAGGGCUUCAAGGGCUUCUCCGUCGCCAGGAAACUCGACAAGUUUGGCAUGCGUGGAUCAAACACGGGCGAACUGGUGUUCGAGGACGUCUUCGUGCCGAGCGAGAACAUCCUCGGCGGGAUCAAUAAUGGCGUGACUGUUCUAAUGGAGGGCCUGGAUCUCGAGCGACUGGUGCUCAGCGCCGGUCCGCUGGGCAUCAUGCAAGCGUGCCUCGACCUCGUUCUUCCAUACACCCAUCAACGCAAACAAUUUGACCAACCCAUCGCCCAUAACCAGCUGAUCCAGGGCAAGUUGGCGGAUAUGUACACCAAGCUCCAGGCCGCGAAGGCUUACACGUACGCAACAGCCAAGAAGGUCGAUGAGGAAGGGCAAAUCCGAACUCAAGAUUGUGCUGGCGCGAUUCUAUACGCCGCUGAAAGAGCUACAGAAUGUGGUUUGGACGCCAUUCAGUUGAUGGGUGGGAAUGGCUAUGUCAAUGAGAUCCCUGCUGGAAGACUGCUGAGGGAUGCAAAACUGUACGAGAUUGGUGCCGGAACGAGCGAGAUCCGGCGAAUGGUCAUCGGCCGGGCUUUUAACAAAGAAUAUAAGGAUCAAAGUAUUUAG